AGUCCCUUCUUCCUCAACAUUCGUCACCCCAUCCACCCACCCUACCCAAUCCAACCCCUCCCCCCUACCCCAGUGGGCCCCACACUGCAAAGAAUUCCUGAUUUCCCUCCUUAUUAGCACGUCCUGCAUAUCAUCUCCAGCCUGAGCUAGCAUUUAAAAAAAUUUUUUUUUUUUUUAUUUGUUUGCUUUUAUUUCUCCGUUUACUGAUUUUUCUACGCCCUGAGAUGUCUGAUACACAGUCGGAGCUUUUGCUCCCGGCGGAGAUUCUCGACGGAGAUUUACGCAUGGACCCGUUCGCGUUCGGGUCGAAGACCAAACCCGACCCAUCGUCACUCUGCUUCCCCGCGAAGUUUCCCUACCAUGUGUUCUCCUCUCCCGCCGAGAUCGAAAGCGACGAGGAUGACUUCCUCGCUGGGUUAACUCGCCGCUUGACUCGGGUCUCUCUCGACCGAGCUUACAACUACACUUCUGCUCACCGUCACACGGAGAAUGGUAGCUUACUAUCAGGUUCACCUGAGUCCAUGCUGAACCGGGUUCAUAGCAUGUCGGGUCGGAGCGGUGGGUCGGGCAAUGGACCUUCUAUGGCGUCGUCUCCGAGUACUAAUACGCGGCUGGAAGCUAAACACGACGACUGGAAUCUGAUAUACCAAGCCGCCGGUGAGGUCGCUAAGCUAAAAAUGAACGCCGGCGAUGGGCCCUUCAGGAGCCAAUGUCUUCCCGGCGCUCCUCGAAAUAUCAGCUCCGUUUAUUCGGUGAACGUCCCCCAAUCCGCCAUUCCCGAUGUCCAUUUUCGUGAAGCAAGAGGGGACCAACAGGAAUAUAUUAUGUGGAACCGGCAACAGCUUUUGCAGAAUCGAAGGAACCGGGUCGGGUUGGAGCCUGGCCCGUUUCUGGAAAGCGAAAGGAGGAGGGGACAGGUAUUUGGAUGGCCUUCUCAGCAGUUUUCUUCCAGGUCGAACAUGAAAACAGCUUUUUCCGGCACCGGCGCCGGGAAGCGGGAGUGCGCUGGCACGGGUGUCUUUUUGCCCCGGAGAUACGGCGAUUAUAACGGCAAUACUCCCACAGAUUCUCGCAAGAAGACAGCGUGCCCUGUGGCGUUGCAUACAGGUAUGAACAAGAAACUCGUGGACUCAACUGGCUUGGUUCAACCUCAGCCACCAUAUAUCACAGAUGGAUUUGCAUAUGCAGAUAUGAUGAUUUCCAGAAGGCGUGCUGCAAUGCUAUCACAGCAAGUGAAGAAUUUGCGCCCCGAUGGAGGCAUCAACCAUGAACCACAACUUCCUCAGGAAUGGACAUAUUAACCUUGAGCUACUUGGAAAUUCAGGUUC